GCUGUCACCAUGCUAUGAGACGGCUUUGCCUCAAAGCAUCUGCUUUGCGGAGAGGACUGCACCGUUAGCCAGCGCUCCACCCGGGAGACCUGGAGCCGUGAGGGAGGAGAAGAGCAGGGGAGCACUGCUCUGCCCCGUGGGCUCGCCUUGCAUGGCACAGCGCCUGGCCUGAGAGGGCUACCGAGCGCCGCGUCCGACCCCUCCUCCCGCCAGCAUGUCCUCCGACGAGCCGCCGGCCCCGGACCCCGAGCCGGACCCCUGCAUACGGACCUUUAAGGAGCACAUGCACCUGGAGCUGGAGCCCCCGAAGCUGCCCGGCAAGAGGAGCACCUCGCCCAAACUGUCGCCCCGCAGCUCCCCGCGCCUCUUCCGGAAGCUGAUGGUGAACAAGGGCAUGCGUCAGCGCCGGCGCUUCACCGUGGCUCACACCUGCUUCGAUGUGGAGAAUGGCCCGUCCACCAGCUGCAGUCCGCUGGACCCCCAAGCCUCUCCGGGUUCAGGCCUGGUCCUGCACACCAACUUCCCCGGACACAACCAGCGGCGAGAGUCCUUCCUGUACCGCUCUGACAGCGACUAUGACCUCUCCCCCAAGUCCAUGUCACGCAACUCCUCAGUCACCUCCGAGCUUCAUGGAGAUGACCUGAUUGUGACGCCUUUUGCUCAGGUACUUGCAAGUCUUCGUAGUGUGAGGAACAACUUCACCGUGCUGACCAACGUACAAUGUUCCUCCAACAGGAGGUCACCUGCAGCCAGCCAGCCACCUCUCACCAAAGUCUGUCUGCCAGAGGACUCCUACCAGAAAAUGGCCAUGGAGACCAUGGAGGAGCUAGACUGGUGCUUAGACCAGCUGGAAACCAUACAGACCUACCGAUCCGUUAGCGACAUGGCCUCCAACAAGUUCAAGAGAAUGUUGAACCGGGAGCUGACGCACCUGUCGGAGAUGAGCCGUUCUGGGAACCAGGUGUCUGAGUUCAUCUCCAACACCUUCCUGGACAAGCAGAACGAUGUGGAGAUCCCGUCGCCCACGCCCAAGGCUCGGGAGAAGAAGAAGAAGCAGCAGCUGAUGACUCAGAUCAGCGGGGUCAAGAAGGUGACGCACGGUCCCAGCCUAUCCAACUGCAGCAUCUCCCGCUUCGGCGUCAAGACCGACAAGGAGGACCUCCUCUCUAAGGAGCUGGAAGACCUCAACAAGUGGGGCCUCAACAUUUUCACAGUGUCUGAGUACUCCCAGAACAGGCCGCUCACGUGUAUUAUGUACGCCAUCUUCCAGGAGAGAGACUUGCUGAAAACGUUCAAGAUCCCAGCAGACACCUUUGUGACGUAUAUGAUGACCUUGGAAGACCAUUACCACUCAGACGUGGCCUACCACAACAGCCUGCAUGCCGCUGACGUGGCCCAGUCUACCCACAUCCUCCUGUCGACCCCUGCACUGGAUGCUGUCUUCACUGACCUGGAGAUCCUUGCUGCCAUCUUCGCUGCUGCCAUCCAUGAUGUGGACCACCCUGGGGUCUCCAACCAGUUCCUAAUCAACACUAACUCUGAGCUGGCCCUCAUGUACAAUGACGAAUCAGUGCUGGAGAAUCACCACCUUGCAGUGGGUUUCAAGCUGCUGCAGGAGGAGAACUGCGACAUCUUCCAGAACCUCAACAAGAAGCAGCGCCAGUCCCUCCGCAAGAUGGUCAUCGACAUGGUACUGGCAACUGACAUGUCCAAACACAUGAGCUUGCUAGCCGACCUGAAGACCAUGGUAGAGACCAAGAAGGUGACAAGCUCUGGAGUGCUGCUGCUAGACAACUACACAGACAGGAUACAGGUUCUCCGGAACAUGGUGCACUGUGCAGACCUCAGUAACCCCACCAAGUCCCUGGAGCUUUACCGGCAGUGGACCGACCGCAUCAUGGAUGAGUUUUUCCACCAGGGUGACAGGGAGAGGGAGCGGGGCAUGGAGAUCAGCCCCAUGUGUGACAAGCACACAGCCUCUGUGGAGAAAUCCCAGGUGGGCUUCAUCGACUACAUCGUACACCCUCUGUGGGAGACGUGGGCCGACCUGGUGCACCCUGAUGCCCAGGACAUCCUGGACACACUGGAGGACAACAGGAACUGGUACCAGAGCAUGAUCCCCCAGAGCCCAUCCCCACCCUUCUACGACCAGGAAAAGGACAAUCAGGGGAGCGGGGACAAGUUUCAGUUUGAACUGACCCUGGAGGAGGAGGACUCUGAGGGCACAGAGAAAGAGGAGCACAGUCAGGGGGAGGACAGCAUGGGGGAGGCUCGCUCCCCGCUGGACUUCUCAGGCAGUCAGGACAUCGAGGAGCCCAUGGAGCCCACGCACAUUCAGAUCGUCACACAAGACGCCUCGCCCGUGGACACAUAGGCACUCCCGCCGUGGCAACGGCGGUUCUUGGUGUAGGCAGAUUGCUUUUGGAGGAGAAAUCCUGCAACUCUGCUUUUGAGAGGCCUUGGGGGCUGACUUCGGGGUGGAAGAGGUGCCCCCGCUGCACUUGAUUUUGGAGCCAGAUGUGGACAGUUUCAGCAGAGCAUUGAAGAAGCUCUCAGGAACAUGCUGCAGACACAUGGACCUGAUUAACAGGCCACUCAGAGAAAUGAAGGAACGGGCCAGCCAGGAAUAUUUACUGGACAAGCAUGGAGGCACUGACACUACUGAGAGAUUUUUGUACCAAGUGAUUUUUUUAAAGGGGAUGAGGUAGAAUAUGAACUACUGAUAAACAGGUAUUUAUAAAGAAAAUCUGUUUACUUUUUCUGUAACAUUUGUCUAAGGACUUUGUGUGCCUUUUUUACAAUUGUCUUUUUAAAGUUUUUUUAUUUAUUGAACACACUUUAGUAUGUCAGAUGUUUUUUUUUCUUCUUAAAAAACGGAAAGCUCAAGAGCAAAGUUAUUUUGUAUCUCAAAUUAGGUGAGAAUGCAGAGUCUUCCUUAUAAACGAUGUUGGGCAAUAGCAAAGCUAGUGAAAACACUGGCCUCACAGACAGACCUCCCUUAAAGACGAAACUAUUCCCUUAAAAGGGAUGUGACACCUCAACAUAUAUCAUUCAUUUCACAAAAUUUUUGUUUUAGCCAAACAUCUAUACCUGUGUUUAAUUUGCUUUAUGCAUACAGAAACACAGAUGCAUACACACACUCACACACUUCAUGUUACACCAUUAAAAAUGGGUAAAGACCAUAUUUAUAUCCUACUGCAGCGUUUCCUAACCAUUUUCCAUCCACAGCACAUUUUACAAAUUUGCAUAACCUCAUGACACACCACUCUCAAAAGCCUGCAACGUACUGACGUUGAUGUGACGUGUUAACAGUAGAUCUAAAUGUUCUUCCGGGGUUUUAAUUAAGUGAUAUACAUUUUAAUUACUUUCAUUCUCACCUUCCGUGAAUGGGAUUUGUUCAUUUAAAUUUAUUUAAAGGAUUUUUCACACAUCAGAGAUGGCACUCCAGAGUGCUGGGGCACACAGGUUGGGAAACGCUGUUCUGCUAAGCAGGAGAUAUGCUCUGUCUUAAUCCUGGACAAAAUUCAGGAUGCUCUUUGUAAGGCUGACUCAAAUCCUGAUAGUAUAGCCAUCACAGAUAAAGUAUAGACAUACAGAGGAUUACAGCAUUUUGGCAGUGAAAUAACUAUCAACCAAAGAAGACAUUCAUCAUUGCAAUAUCUGUUCAUGUUUGAAAAAAAUCUACAUUAAUGCUGUUUUCAGUUCAAACACGUGCUUCUUCGCAUUAACUUUGUUCGCUGAAAUGACCCUUUUUAUCUACAUUAACAGAAUUAUAUAAGUCAAGCCCUCCCCACCCCCAGCCACUGUCAGAAAGAGAAUAAUUACUCAUUUUUCAGCCCUAUGGAUGUACGGUAAACCAUUUGUAUUUUAUUAACUUACAUUUUUAACUGAAUGUUAAUUAAGCACCUGCUUAAUAAUUCUGAAAACUGGGAUUACUCAGCGGAGUGAUGCUAUAAACCUUAGAAACAGGAAAAAUUAAAUAGAACAAAACACACUUUUUUCAAUUGACCUCACACAAUCUGCUACACAACAUGAUGGCACUGCUUUUGGGGUUACGCUAUCAGGAUUUGAGUCUGGGAAGUUAAGGUAUUUUUAUUUCUACGGAUGUGUUCUGUUACAAAAGCCAGCAGGAAACACAUUACCAUCAGAAAAUUAAUCAUAACAUAAACUGUUCAUAUAUGGGUUCAUCUGUUUUUCAUUUUGUUUUGUGCCCCCUGCCUCCCUUGACUGGUCUUCAAGGAACAUAUAUAUAUAAAUAUAUUUUUUUUUUUGUAUCAUCAUAUUCAGAGGUACUUAAAAUACAGUAUCGUCCACCCUCAAACCAGUGUACAUUGAGACCUGUGACUACACAUAGAUGGCAACACCACACAUGCAAGGCCACUGUGUGUGUAUGUGUGCGUGUGUGUGCAUGUGUUUGUGUGUGUGCGUGGGUUUGUGAAAUCCUGGUCCCUUGUCUGGAGAAGAGAAUUCUCUGUCCCAUAGUCCCUCGUUCCACCUUGCACCUGAGCUCAAGUUUGUCCUUUGCUGUUUAUAACAGUGUAUUUAUUACUUUGACCUGUAAAUGCGCAUUGUAAAUUUAUUUUAAUUUAUAUGCACUUGCAUUACCUGAAUGGGGUGAUGUUAAUGUGUAGACGGCUCUGGAUUUGAGUCUUUCUAUUCGGUAAUAUAUUGUUUUGUUUUUUUAUAUAUAUACAUAUAUAUGUAUGAAUAUUGCACACCAUUUGAGUGCCCUGAACAGUAGCUGUAAGAGACAUACUCAACCCAUGGGUGACAGGAGAAGCUGGUAAAACUGCAGUGCAAAUGGUCAGCAGUGGUGGUUUGGAAACUGAAUAAAAAAACUACAGAAUGUGUGUAGUGUAUCGAUACAGCAUUUUGUUUCAGAUAAACAGGUUCCAGCAAAGCAGAAAUAAUAGAUACCUGACUCACUCUAUGUUAAUUAGAUAAAGGGGGAUACUGGUGGCAUGUUACAAUUUAUCUAAACACCAACAUGAAUCAGUAUGAAUUACAAAAUGUGAUCUUAUGUAAUUAUUGUGCUAAUGUGAACUAUUUUCUGAUCAGACUUGUUAGCAGUUUUGAAAUUCAAAUUGUCAGUAUAACAUUGUAAUCUAUGUUAAAGCUUUGGUCCACAUUGCGUCCAAAUGGUUAGCCAGAAUUAGCACUAUCUGCAUGACCAAUGGGUCUGUAUGUCUGUUCAAUACUGCAUUGUUCCAGGUGGUUAUUCGUUUCACACAAUGUAUGGUAUAGUAUUGUAUAUUGUGUUCAAUAAAAAUCGAAAUACGUUUUCUAUGAAGUGAUUAAAAACAAAGGCAUGAAUAUA